CAUGCUUCUGGACUGUUUUCAAUAGUUUUAUUUAUUUUUAUAUAUUCUUUGAAUUUGUAACGUGUUUGGCGCCAAGCAAACACAGUGCUGUUAAAUGCGCAUAGAUGCACGGCACGAAAAAAGUAUUAGACGAUUCAUAACACAAGAAGUAGUAGCAAUAAACAGAAGCAACAAUUUGCCAAGCACCUGGGCGAUAGAGGACAAUGCACGGGACUUACGCCAGCGAGCAGCCAACAGAUUUUCAGGCAGCGACUGCCGCAGCAGCAGCAGCUGCCGCAGCCGCCGCCUCUGCCUCUGUCUCCGCAAUGCGAACAACAGCUGAGCAGCGAGACAUGGAACGGGAGCAGAAUAGCAACGAUCCCGACGAAUGGAGCAUGAGUGAGUGUGGAUUUGCUGACAGCGAUGUACAACGUGCAAUACGCGGCGGCAGCGCCGCCGAAGACAUUACACAAUAUCCCAUACAUGGUUGGGUGGACGUGACUGAUGAAUUCCACGAUGCGUGUUCCGAGCUAUUGCCCGGCGAGCUAGCCCAGGAUAUGCUGUUCGGUUUAUUUGAGGCUAUGUCUGCGAUAGAGAUAAUGGAUCCGAAGAUGGAUGUGGGCAUGGGCUUCGAUAAAUUUGAUUUGCCUCCGCCUUCCUUUGAAGCUGCCGUAGCGAUGGGUGCUAUUAAGCUGGACGGCUUGAAGCCCGCUGAGCUGAUUGGCAUUUUUGAUGCGCUCUUUGCCUGCUUGGUCUCUUGGCUGGAGGGCAACUCAAUGGAUCAAGUGCUCUUCACCUGCCUCUAUCUGCAUGCCCCGUCACAGAUUCAGGAUAAGGCGCUGCGCGUCUUCUGUACCGCUGUGCGUAAUCUCAUCGUGGUCAUUAAGAACAUCAUCAUACUGGCUGCCGUUAACGAGGAAGAGGACUUUCAAUUGUAUGGCAAUUCGGCGCUGCUGGCAGCGGAAAAAGCACAGCCCUCUACGAUUGCCGGUCUAUUGAAGGAGGUGGAGGAUGAGCUGGUGCGCAAGUGCAAGCAACUGACGUCGACUGAGAAUCAAAAUCUGAUGGCUGUGGUGCAUCGAUUGCGCUUCAUGCGCCAUUUAUUUCAAGCCAUCUACCAGGUGGAGCUGAUGGCGGGCGCCGACAGUGCCGAGGAGGCAGUCAAUGAGAUUUAUAAAAAUCUCAAUGUGGCUUCCGAGCUGCUGCCGCUCAUCAAGCGCACCAUCGAUCGUGGCACGCAGCCCGUGGAGGGUUCUGAGGCACCCAAUCCCAUGGGCUUCUCGCCGCGCAUACAUGACAGAAGCCAACCGCCUACGUUUCCACGGAGCAUCAAAAUACGCGAUCGUCCCGCCAGCUAUCAGUUUCUGGAGGAGAUGGUGGCGCGCUUUAAGUACGCCUGCAAAGUGAUCAGGUACAAGGACUACUACUCAGCGCUGAACUUCUUUAUCGAAUACAGCCGUAAAUCGGGACACUGCAUUCUCUCACGCAGCGUGCUACAGAGCCUCUUCAACUCGAGCAUCCUCUUGGCCCAUGGCAAACAGUCAAUGAAGCAAUUCUUGAGGCAUUCGGUGCAGGCAUUUAAUUCCCCUCCAGUACUGAACCCCAAGCACCCGGUGGCCAACGAUCCCAAGGUGCAGCAGCAUUUGGAAACCUUCUUUCGCUAUUGCAUCAACAUGAAAACCUUCAAUCAGUUUAUUCGUCUUUGCGGCUUUAAUCGUGCUCGACAGCGCGAUAAGUUGGCGCACUUGAUAGAGAACUUCGAUCCGCUGCAGGUAGACGCGGCACGAUUGGAUUCGCUAAUGAAUCAGAUGGCCAACGAUCGUGCCAUGGAGGGUAACGAGUCGCACGCAACGGCGCUGAAACAUAGUACCCACUUCUCCACCUGGGUGCUCUACAACUGUUUCCGUGCAAUGCUCAUCUAUUUGAUGUCCGGCUUUGAGCUGGAGCUGUAUGCCGUGCACGAGUUUCUCUACAUCUAUUGGUAUCCCUAUGAGUUCCUAAUCGGAUUUCUGGUUUCGGCCUUGACGCGCACCGAAAAUAUAUUGCUAGCACAGGAGGAAUAUGCCGAGCAUCAAAGCAGAAUUCAAUCGAAUGGCGGCAACAGCGGUUCAGGCGGCAAGAAUCGUAAAGCCGCAAAGCCCAAAAAGAACAAGAAGCAACAACGUCCCUAUCGUCAGGAAAUUGUCUACUAUCACGCCUUGCUUAGCCUGUGCGGCGGCAUGUACAAAGCGAUGGGCGCUUUAACCAAAGACGGGCGCGUGCGUCUACCCAUGUCAAAGUUUGACAAUGAGGAGAUACGCUACAAUCGACGCUUCGCGCCCUUUAUGCCGCUGACCAGUCCGCCGCCCGUUUCCUAUGCUGAGUUCAAGAAUAUACGAGAUCACAUGAUGCUCAACAGCGUCGAGGAGCUGUACAGCUUUGCGGCCAAGCACUUCGAUCAGGCACGUAAUGUACUGGAGAGCAUACAGAAUCCAGAGCAGGAGAUUUUGGAUCUGCUGCAAAUAGCUCGCACAAAUUUCGUCGUUAUGAAUGUGCUCGCCCGUGGUCAUCAGAAGGAGGUGAAGCGUCAACCAGAGUUCGAUUUCAGCAAGCAUAGCUAUUUUCCCAUUAUCAAACUAAAGUAGUCAGUGAGCAUCGAUUCGUAAUCAUAUUAGUUGUCUUAGAUCGUCGCCGUAUUUCUUUUUCUUUUCUUACAAUUUGUUUCGUCCUUUAAAAAAAUAAAAUUGGUUUGUAUACAUACAGCAGAGACUGUAACCCAAA